AUGAGAUUGGGCAGACUUUUUCGACGAAGUCAGGUUGAGGCGAGAGAUGGGGUAAUGAUCGUGGGGGGUAAUGUGCAGGUGUUUACGAAAGAUGUGAAGAUUAUGACUAUGGGGAGGAGACAGGAGGAGCCGACGGCUGUUGAGGGUGCGAAGCCAACUAAACAGGAAGAUGCUCCUGAAGCAAAAGAGACACCACCAGCUGAGGGUGCGAAGCCAACUAAACAGGAAGAUGCUCCGGAUGCAAAAGCGACACCAGCAGUUGAGGUCCCACAGGGAAAUGGAGAUGACAAUUCCGCAAAGGCGAACGAAGAAACAAAGCCAGAGGAAGCAAAGCCAGAGGAAGUCAAGUCAGAGGCGGCCAAGCCUACGCCUUCCCCAGAGCCCGCAAUUGAGUCGCCCAAACCGAAAGAAACAACUACAGAGACGGCCAAGAAUGAACCAAAUCCUGUCGCGGAAGCAACUCCAACUGUAAAAUCGACACCCACUGUAGAGCCCGUAACAGUGCCAGAGGCAACAUCGACCACGCCUACACCAACUCCAGUCGCAAAUCCAACUGCAGCUUCAGAAUCGCCCGUUAUUGUUCCAACCUCAGAAGAUGUGAUCCCUACUCCAGCCACGGAUCCAACUCCAGCCUCAGAACCACCUGUGGCCACUCCAACUUCGGAUGCUGUUACCCCUACUUCAGAAGUUAUCGUUCCCGAGUCUACGAUUGCUGAGAUUAAGCCUACUCCUGUGGCAAGUGAAGUUGUAGCUGCUACCUCGGAGACUCCUCUUCCGUCAGAAACUUCCAGCACUGAGAUCCCAACAGAGACACCAGUACUAGUUGAAUCAACAACCUCUGCUGAAAGUUCUACAACAGCAGAAACAUCAACAUUAGCCGAGAUUACGGCGCCAACAGAGACUUCUUCCAUCACAGAUACCGCGGUGCCUACUGAAACAACUUCCAUUCCAGUAGAGACUUCUUCUGCAAUCGACACCUCAGUAUCAUCAGAGACUUCGAUUCUGGAAGCAACCUCAACUGCAGAUAUCCUAAGUUCUACUGCUAGUCUCACUGAAUUAGUAACAACCGCGACAUCUUCGACGGAAGCGAUUGCUGCAGCUUCUACUACCGAAGUAGCUUCAACAAUCGAAACCGAUAUCGCAGCCACAUCUUCUAUCGCGUUCACAGAUGUCCUAACGACAACAUCGGUAGCAGAUUCGACAUCAACUGCAGACCUUGCUUCUACCACAGACGUCGCAGCCGUAGAGAAUACAACAAUAUCAGAAACGACAACUGCGGAUUCCACAAGCACUAAUGAGGCAGAAGCAGCAGCAUCGACUACUUCAAGUGAUGCAGGAUCAGCAACAUCAACGACUUCGAGUGAUUCAGAGGCAGCAGCUUCCAAAACCUCAGCCGAGGCCAAUAAAGCUACCAACACAGGCAGUUCUUCGCAAGAUAACACUGCGACUUCUUCAACCACCGACGAAUCCGCAAAAGCAACAACCUCAAGUGAAAAUGCAGGAAACAAAUCCAAAGCCACCACGGACGCAACAAAGCCCACGGCUGCAGACGCAUCAUCAACAGCCAACGAAGCAAAAGCCUCGAGCAGCCCUUCAAAAGUCACCGGGUCCAGAAACUCAACACAGAUAGCCCAAUCUGCCGACCUCGCCAACCCAUCAACCUUAGAGACUCUCCUCUCAUCCCUCAUCCCUUCCACCUCCUCCAAACUCACCUCUCAAACCAUCUCCACGCUCUCAACCACCCGUCCAACAACCCUCGCCACCCUCCGCGCAACCGCCCAAGCAGCCGAAGGCACCGGUCUCAACGCGGGCGUGAUCAGCAGUUCCAACGACCCAUCCUCUGAUCCCAAUUUCGGCGGCAAAACAGGUGGGCUCGCCUCUGGAUCCGUGAAUGUGAUUUCGAGUCCGCUGAAGACACCUGCUGCGAUUACGGGGGUGGUUUUGGGGAGUGUUAUCGGUAUAAUAGCCUUUGGCACCCUAAUCUUCUUCAGCAUCCGCAUUUUCUUCCGGCGUCGUCGUCUCUCCCUCCCACACCACCACCACGGCGCACACUCACCCCCUCCAUCUCCCCUUUUGACUUCUCUAAACUCACCAUUACCACCCGGAUUCGCGCAUUCAAUGUCUCAGAGAAGUGGUGCUAGUAAAGACCCGUUCUGGAAUAGGGGUCAUGGGGCGAGUAGCACGAUGAGAAGUUUGAAUAGUGUUAAUACAGGCGGUGGGUAUGCGGAUGAGAAGGGAUAUGGAGGCUUGGGAUUUCAACAUGAUAAUGAAGGAUUGAAGAGGAGUUAUGGAACUGGUGAGGAGAAAGAGAUGGGGAUGCCGGUGCCGAUUAGUCCGUUGCCGCCGCUCGAUGGAGAGAGGAAGAAAGGGUUUAGUCUUUUUCCUGCGCCGGAAAAGAAGGGAGAGGAUGGAGUUUGA